AUGGUGCUGUGUAACAGCGCAGCGCAGCGGGCGGCCAGUCCCCACAAGCGUGACCAAGUCUUCGUUGUACCUGCAGCGCCUGCCACGCCGAAACGAGCCUCUCCUCCGACCGACCACCCUCUUGUCUCGGAAAUUCGCGCCAGCAAACACGCGCGGCACACGACCAGCGAAAGCAGUACGACUCGCAGCCCAUCCCAUAAACCACCGCCGUCGUCGUCGUCGUUGCCGUCGUCACUCAUCGCUUUCCUGCAUGAACUGGUCGUCGCACCUGAAGACUGUCACUAG